UAAACCGUAGUCUCAGGGUCGAGCCAAUUCUAGCAAAGUCCGAACCUCAAAGCUGAAACAUCCGAGAGAGUGAAGUCUGUGUUCAUGGCUUCACUUCGCCUUCUCCAUUGCCCACAAUCCCCUCACUUCUCCACUGAACAACAAUUUUCACAAAAGUCACCAUUAUCGUCUCUUUAUAAACCUCCAAACACGAACUCGGCCAAUAACACCAUUCUUUCUUGGUCUAUAUCUACUUGCUCUCGUAUUCAGACUCAGAUUCUCCCAAUUAGAAGACGACGAAUUAGCUAUUUAGUUUCCCAUGUCUCUUCUACUGUCCAAGACACAGUUCUUGAUGAUGUCUCCACCCAGCCCCAGUUGGACACCAAACAAGAAGAAGAGUUUUCCAAUACCAGGUUGCUUGCUUCGAAUGUACCUUGGACGUGCACUGCUGAGGAUAUUCGGUCUCUGUUUGGGAAGUUUGGGACGGUUCUCGAUGUUGAGUUUUCGAUGUAUAGCAAGACCAAUAACAGGGGCUUGGCAUUUGUCAGCAUGGGCUCACCUGAAGAGGCUGCUGCUGCUCUCAGUAAUCUCGAUUCAUAUGAAUUUGAGGGUCGUCCUUUAAGAGUCAAUUAUGCAAAGCUGAAAAAGAAAAAACGUCUCCCAUCUGUACCUAGGCCGGUGCCUACGUUCAAUCUGUUUGUGGCAAAUCUGUCCUAUGAAGCAAGGUCUCAACAUCUUCGGGAGUUCUUUAAGGCAGAGGGCAGAAACGUUGUUUCUGCUGAAGUUAUAUUUCAUGAGAAUCCAAGAAGGUCCUCUGGGUAUGGAUUUGUCGCUUUCAAGACAAAGAAAGAAGCUGAUGAGGCGCUUGCUGCAUUCGAAGGAAAGAUUUUUAUGGGAAGACCAAUUCGGGUGAAACGUAGCAGACAGUUUGUGAAAGCGCAAGCAAAAGAGCAUUCACCUUCUGAUGAUACUCCGAAUGAGUUGACCUCAGGCACAGAGCAAAAGGAUACUACUGACAAAAGUUGAUUGUCCAACUAUGGAAGCAUUGAUUUUUUAUCAGUUUCUUCACUUGGAAAUUUUGUAGAAUCCUGGCUGUGAACUUAUAUAGGAUUUCACCUCCACCCAGCUGAUUGCUCUUAUCCAAUCGACCAGUCUGAAUACAAGGAAUGUGCUAUUGCUGUACUAGAUUGGAGGAUAUUUCAUGGCGAUAAACAUGUUUGUUAUAAUGUGUUACUGAUAGAAUAUUAUAUUAAAAUGGAUUGGUGAUUGAGAAACUUGAGCCUUGAAUCAGUAGAAAAGUAGCAAAUAAAUUAAAAUUUUCGGUCA